AGUUCUGCCCCCGGGAGGGCUGCGACCGCAGCUUGAAUGUACCUGCAGCGCCCACGGCCUGGGGACCCGGGGAACGCGCCCUGAGGGUUCCACGCCUGGCCCGGGGGCCUGCUCCUCUCUCCCAGUGCGCGCCUGGAGCUGCAUCCCGGCUCAGGUGCCGGGAGGGAGGGAUGCUCAGUGUUCCCUUCCAGCCUUGCACGCGCCCUUGGGCCCUGCUCCAGCCCCUAGGUUUGGGGGAGAUUUCAGGACGCGGACAGCACCGGGGCUGCAGGCCAGAGGGGACUAGGUGGAGCUCGGGAAGCCCCCAAAGCAGGGCUCACUGUCUUCAAGUUUGGGGAGCCCCGGGCAGCGGGUGCAGGCCGCGGGACCCGAAGGUCCUCAGGUGGCCCCCUGCAGGCUGGUCGUGCGCGCCGUGGGGCGCUUGUUGUGGGCGCCGAGGGCUGCAGGGCGCGGACCAGACUCAGGGUGUUGAACUGCAGCUGGGGGGGGGGUCGGGCGGCAGCUAACAGGUGACCCCUUUCUUUCUGUUCCUCGCCCUUCACCUCUGAUGGUCCUCCCUCACCGCAUCUCCUUCCUCCUCGCCGUCCUCCGGCUCUCAGGUCAUGGCAGCGCCGGCCAGCAGGUCCGAGCCUCCGCAGCUCCCCGAGUACCGCUGCAGCUACGUGGUGUCGCGGCCGGUCUACAGCGAGCUAGCUUUCCAGCAACAGCACGAGCGGCGCCUGCAGGAGCGCAAGACGCUGCGGGAGAGCCUGGCCAAGUGCUGCAGUUGUUCAAGAAAGAGAGCCUUUGGUGUGCUAAAGACUCUUCUGCCCAUCUUGGAGUGGCUCCCCAAAUACCGAGUCAAGGAAUGGCUGCUAAGUGACAUUAUUUCUGGAGUUAGUACUGGGCUAGUGGGCACCCUGCAAGGGAUGGCAUAUGCCCUACUAGCUGCAGUUCCUGUGGGAUAUGGUCUCUACUCAGCUUUUUUCCCUAUCCUGACAUACUUUAUCUUUGGAACAUCAAGGCAUAUCUCAGUUGGACCUUUUCCAGUGGUGAGUUUAAUGGUGGGAUCUGUUGUUCUGAGCAUGGCCCCAGAUGAACACUUUCUCGUAUCCAGCAGCAAUGGAACUGUAUUAAAUACUACCGUGAUAGACAUUGCAGCUAGAGAUACAGCAAGAGUGCUGAUUGCCAGCACCCUGACUCUACUGGUUGGAAUCAUACAGCUGAUAUUUGGAGGUUUGCAGAUUGGAUUCAUAGUGAGGUACUUGGCAGAUCCUUUGGUUGGGGGCUUCACAACAGCUGCUGCCUUCCAAGUGCUGGUCUCACAGCUAAAGAUUGUCCUUAAUGUCUCAACCAAAAACUAUAAUGGAGUUCUCUCUAUUAUCUACACGCUGGUUGAGAUUUUUCAAAAUAUCGGUGAUACCAAUCUUGCUGAUUUCAUUGCUGGAUUACUCACCAUUGUCAUCUGUAUGGCGGUUAAGGAAUUAAAUGAUCGAUUUAGGCACAAAAUACCAGUCCCUAUUCCUAUAGAAGUCAUUGUGACGAUAGUUGCUACUGCCAUUUCAUAUGCAGCCAACCUGGAAAAAAAUUAUAAUGCUGGCAUUGUUAAAUCCAUCCCAAGGGGGUUUUUGCCACCUGCACUUCCACCUGUGAGCUUGUUCUCGGAGAUGCUGGCUGCAUCGUUUUCCAUUGCUGUGGUGGCUUAUGCUAUUGCAGUGUCAGUAGGAAAAGUAUAUGCCACCAAGUAUGAUUACGCCAUCGAUGGGAACCAGGAAUUCAUUGCCUUUGGGAUCAGCAACAUCUUCUCAGGAUUCUUCUCUUGUUUUGUGGCCACCACUGCUCUGUCUCGCACGGCAGUCCAGGAGAGCACUGGAGGAAAGACACAGGUUGCUGGCAUCAUCUCUGCUGGGAUUGUGAUGAUCGCCAUUGUUGCCCUGGGGAAGCUUCUGGAACCCUUGCAGAAGUCGGUCUUGGCAGCUGUUGUAAUUGCCAACCUGAAAGGGAUGUUUAUGCAGGUGUGUGACGUUCCUCGUCUGUGGAGGCAGAAUAAGAUUGAUGCUGUUAUCUGGGUGUUUACAUGUAUAGUGUCCAUCAUCCUGGGGCUGGAUCUUGGUUUACUAGCUGGCCUUAUAUUUGGACUAUUGACUGUGGUCCUGAGAGUUCAGUUUCCUUCUUGGAAUGGCCUUGGAAGCAUCCCUAGCACAGAUAUCUACAAAAGUACCAAGAAUUACAAAAACAUUGAAGAACCUCAAGGAGUGAAGAUUCUUAGAUUUUCUAGUCCUAUUUUCUAUGGCAAUGUCGAUGGUUUUAAAAAAUGUAUCAAGUCCACGGUUGGAUUUGAUGCCAUUAGAGUAUAUAAUAAGAGGCUGAAAGCACUGAGGAAAAUACAGAAACUCAUAAAAAAUGGACAAUUAAGAGCAACAAAGAAUGGCAUUGUAAGUGAUGCUGGUUCAACAAAUAAUGCUUUUGAGCCUGAUGAAGAUGUUGAAGAUCCGGAGGAACUUGAUAUCCCAACCAAGGAAAUAGAGAUUCAAGUGGAUUGGAACUCUGAGCUUCCAGUCAAAGUGAACGUUCCCAAAGUGCCAAUCCAUAGCCUCGUGCUUGAUUGUGGAGCUAUAUCUUUCCUGGACGUUGUUGGAGUGAAGUCACUGCGGGUGAUUGUCAAAGAAUUCCAAAGAAUUGAUGUGAAUGUGUACUUUGCAUCACUUCAAGAUCAUGUAAUAGAAAAGCUGGAGCAAUGCGGGUUCUUUGAUGACAACAUUAGAAAGGACACGUUCUUUUUGACGGUCCACGAUGCUAUACUCUAUCUACAGUACCAGGUGAAAUCUCAAGGGAGUCAAGAUUCCAUUUUAGAAGCGAUCACUCUUAUUCAAGACUGUAAAGAUCCCCUUGAAUUAAUAGAAGCAGAGCUGACUGAAGAAGAGCUUGAUGUCCAGGAUGAGGCUAUGCGUACACUUGCAACCUGAAAGCAGGCUCAGGAGGUCUCUAUGAGCAAGGACUGCAAGACAAAACGUACCCACUAAUGUCCUUCUAUGCAAACGUUUUCUGUAUUGACUAUUUCUUCAGACUUGAAACACUCAUUCUUUUUUCUAUUACAUUUUUAUAAAUCUUUCAUUUGUUUUAACCCCUUAGACAUUGAAAGAGAAGCACUAAGACUGUUUCUAAGCUCUAUUUGUAAAAUAAACAUCUUACCCCUGACAUGUACAAAAUGUUGAGAAUUACCCAGAUGAUUUGGCAGCGUUCAGGAUAAGCUGGUGUUAUAAUAUGCUGCUGAUCAGCAUCACAGUAUUGCUAAUAAUGUUCACGUGGGUACUGGCAUAUCUCUGUUCAGUUAGAGUGAGUGUUGACCCAACAGCCUCUGUGGUCAGGAGUCAGGUGAGUCAGGAAUAAUUAAUCAUAAAGAAAAAUCAGUUUUUGACUGACUUGGAUAUCCAUGAGUUCCACUGAUCACCACGUAAGUUCACAUUUAGUAAAUGCUGAAAUAAAAUUAUUAAUGCAUUUAUCAAUAAAAGUCUUUGAAAAUUACUUGGGAUAGUAAGUCAGAGUUUUAAAAAUGCAAAUUUACUUGGUACCUAAUAAUGAAGUGUUAUUACAUAUAACCAGAAUUUAGGAUCUCUUUGAUCCUGGAAAUGGUUUACUUAAAAGCUACAGAACCAGGCCAAUAUAUUUUAGAAACAGUGAUACAAAUGAAUGAAAUAAUAAAGAAAUGUUCAUGUUUACAAAAAUCAUUUUUUUGAUAUGAUAAUCAUGGAUCACAACUGAGAUUAAAAAAUGACAGGUUAUUUUGUUUAAAAGUGCAGUUUUAAUUAUCUCAGUCUAUAGAAAUGACCAUUGCAUGGAUGGUAAAGUCUAUUUAAAAUCUGACAUAAAAACAGUGCUAUUUUGAAUAAAAAAUUUUUUUUGAUGUGUUUAUAUAACCAUGGUGAUUAAAAUGAAUUUAUAUUUUUUCUCAAAAAUUUUAGCAGUAGGUAAAGUAAAUAAUCUUUAAACUCUGACCACUUUUUAAAAAAAAUUGAACUGCCUAUAGUAGUCUAUGUUUAAAGUGAAUUUUUAAAGACAAAGCAAAGGAUUCUAAAUGAACUCAAUAUAAAAACAUUCAUUUGGAAUGUACAUACUGAAAAUAUAUAGGUUUUUUAAAAAAUCCAUAUUUUAAGUCUGAUUUUUUAUAUCUUUUAUUUUAUUUUUUUUCUGAGUGGCAACAAAUUUUCUAGGUAUUAUAUAUAGCACAGGCUUUGGUUUUGGGGACUUCUCCCAUAUAUUUCACACUAGAGUGAAUGAAGUUGUAUUUCAUUUCUAAAGAAAAAUAAUACCGAGGUCCUCAAUUGAGAAUGUCUUGCUUGACUGAAAACUACAUCAUCCUUUGGUAUACUCCAGGGAUGGAUUCCAGGACCCCUGCAUUUACCAAAAUUUGUACACACUCAAGUCCCGUAGUCACCCCUGCCCAAAGGUAGCAUGGCUUCUCUGUUUUCCUUCUGAAAUACAACCAGAAACAAUGUGUUUAUUUCAGAAAGAAUAUGAUUAAUGAUCAUACAAAUUGGUUGAUACUGAGUUCUGGUUAUAAAUCUGGUUACAGCAUAACUAGGAUUAUAAUGUUGUCUCAUUUUCGUAGCACUACCUGCUUAAAAUGGCAACAAAUCAUCUCUCUAAAGAGUGAAUGUAAUAGUCUUGCAGAAAAUGAAUACUUUUGUUCAAUAAAGGAAAUAUGCACUGCUCACUUUUUUGAAGGAAAUACCAAAGUUAUGUUUUAAAACAGAGUUAGAGUUUGUAAAUUCUGGGCUAAUUUGUGAUGAUAUAAGACCACAGUGUGACUUGUUUUCCAAGCACAUUGUAGGAAUAUUGUCUCUUCUAUGUAUUUUGUGAAUAGUAAGCAUACUUUUAGCUUUGUAUUGUCAAUGGCAAUUUCACUUGAAAUUAAAGCUGUCUUUCAUCAUAUUUUUAACCUAAAGGAUAAGAUUGAAGUAUCGUAUAUGAGUUUUAAUAAAUUAAAAAAUAAAAUCAUGUGCAUUUGAAAAUAUUUGCGCACAUUUGAAAAUAAACGUAAAGUUGUCUUUUAAACUA